UCUGAUGUUGAAGACGUUACUCCAGCGAACACAGAUUUUCCUAGCAGCGACGUUUUGCUGCCUUCCCUUCCUAAACAACCUUUGUCUCAAUCUCUCGAAGCUUCAGUACCAAUCUGGUCUUCAGAACCCAGUGAUAUAGCGUCCGUGUUCUCUCUAUUUAAGGAUUAUUUCGAUAAGAAGUUGGGCGCCUUGAAGCGCGAUAUUCAAGACGAGUCGUGCAGUAAUACCGAUUCUGUGGCCGAAAAGCUCAAAGAAGAAUCCAAGAACACGUUUAGAUUCGAAGGUAAUAAGAAACAGUUUCAAUUUAACUCCGACCUCGCAGAGAAAAUGAAGUCGGCGUCAGUUGCUCUCGGGAAGAGAAAGUUAGACCUUGUUAAAACUCACCUGGAAGAACUAGACUCUGACAUCAAGAAGCGCAACAAGCUUAUCAGACUGGCAGACAAGUCCGCCGCCGGUUGGGAUUUGGUGAACGAGUAUUUAUCUGACGAGCUGGCUAGCGGGUCACAGGACGAAAAGCGUAUCCGCCGUGCCGAGCAGAGGGCCCUUCGUAAACGCAACCAACGCCAACAGAAAGCGAAGCCAUCCAAGCAAGGUUAUUCACAACUCCAAUCAUCUACCGCAACCACCGCGUUUGCUGGCCAACAUUCAUCAUCCUCCAGACCUAUUUCUCGUACUUUUGGCGCUUUCAGCAAACCAAGACCAAGUGAUAUUUGUUUCGCCUGCGGCCAGCAAGGUCAUUGGAGGUCUCAGUGUCAUGUUAAUCCUCAAGCCAGAUCUUCAAACUCGGGGCCGUCCUUUCCUAGUUCUUCUGGUCUUUCGGGCAUUGGAGGUAAAUAGGUCCACAGAAUUGAACACUUGUUCUCCAAGGUUAGAUAUUAGCUUUACUCAAUUUAUAAGACAUGUAUCCUUCCUAUUUGGAGUAUUUCAGGGAAAGAGACUCUGCGGGGUUUGUUGCCAGCUCCGCCAAAUCACUAUGGAACCCCACUCAGGUGCUUGUUUGGUUGGGUUUAAACUGGGACUUAGUUACCGGUACCAUUUCUAUUACCGAUAGACGUAUUUGCAAAUUUAUCGCUCUGAUUGACAAAUUUCUUCUAUCCGCACCUUAUGUUACGGCUCGGGAUUGUGCCGUUAUCGCAGGUCAUGUUAUGUCCAUGUCGCCAGUUUUGGGUAACCUGACUCGUCUCAAAACCCCUUUUCUUUACAAGAUCAUAGCAUCCCGCCGUAGAUGGGAUUCCCGUUUUAAUAUCGGGCUUCAUAAUGAUUGCCUCUCUGAAAUAUUUUUCUGGAAAAACAAUAUCGUUAGUCUUAAUAUGAGACCUAUUUUGCCUUAUAAUGCUCCCCUUUUGUUUAGCUAUUCGGACGCUAGCAACGUCGCCUGCGGGGCUUUUGUUGUGGGCACUAAUGAGGUGUCCCAUCGUACGUGGACUCCUUGCGAAGCAGCUAAGAGCUCUACCUGGAGAGAGCUUAAGGCUAUAGAAUUUGCCUUAAGUGCAUUCAAAGCCUCGGUUCGGGGAAAGUGUGUAAAGUGGCAUUCUGACAGCCAAGGGGCCGUUCGUGUCGUGGAGAUAGGGAGUCCUAAUGCAGAAUUGCAUUCUAUUGCGCUUGAUAUUUUCUACUUUUGUCGAACUUACAAUAUUACACUUAUUCCCCAAGGGGGUUCCCAGGGAACUUAAUGCUUGUGCUGAUGCGAUUAGCCACAUUGUAGACUUCGAUGACUGGUAUACAACCCCCGAGUUCUUCGCACACUUGGACCGCCUUUGGGGCCCACAUACAGUCGACAGGUUUGCCCAUCUUCCCAGAUUCAAUUCUAGGUUUCGCGUACCCGGCACUGAAGCUGUUGACGCAUUUUCAAUCUCGUGGAAUGGAGAGAAUAAUUGGCUAGUCCCUCCCGUCCACUGCAUUACUCGGGCGGUUCAGCAUCUCCUUGUAUGCGGUGCGGUUGGUACUUUAGUCUUCCCUUAUUGGCCGUCUAACGUGUUUUGGCCUUUCUUGUUCGCAAAUGCAAUUCAAUUCCAACCGUACGUCCUUGAGUACAUUCAUUUUCCCGACCCCUCAGGGAUUUUUGCCCUCGAGUGUUACAAAGAUUCACUCAUUGGUUCAGACAGGUUUAACAGCGCGGUCCUGCCAGUCAGAAUUGGCGCUCAGGGGCCUUAGUUUUUUCAGGCCGAGUGGCUUUGUGUUGGCCCACGUGUUCUUUAUUCCACUCGUCAGUUCGUUUGCUCUCGUUUCGCAUGACACUAGCUCGCCGAGUGGCUUGUUUACCGUCGUUUUUGAGUUGGCACAUAUGGCCUUAAAUAGUUUUGCAUCCGGUCAGCGGCACUACCAAGCGUCCAUUUUUUAUUGCUGUAUUGACUCCCAGUGCGCGCAUUGAGGAAUUUUGCCAUGUAUUUUUGUUCUUAUCCUCGUAGAAGUUCUCAAAGAUGCCUUGCAGCCUAAUUUUCAACAGGUUGAAGACGGGCGACUCCGGGCAUUGGUUCAAGAUCUCCCCGCAGUUCUUCUUAAAUCCAAAGCCGACAGUACCGCGAGGAAGUACGAAAAGGGCUUCAAUAAGUGGAGAAAAUGGGCUUCUCAGUUUAAAGAAAUUGUUAUAUUUCCCGCUUCUAGUGUACACGUUUCAUUGUUUUUUCUUAGCUUGAUUCAAGAAUCUGCUUCUUGUACUACUAUUGACGAAGUCCAUUAUGGGCUCAAGUGGGUGCAUGAUUUGGCAGGUCUACCCGACCCCUGUAAUUCCUCGUUAGUUUUACCUUUAAUAGAAUCUGCUAAGAGGCUUCUCAGUAUCCCUGUUAAAAAGAAAGAGCCUGUGACCCCCGAGGCUAUUCAGCUUUUAUUUGCUAAGUAUGGAUCAUCUUCAGCUAGUUUGUCUGAUUUACGAGUGCUCACUUUGUGUGUUUUAGGUUAUGCAGGGUUUUUUCGCUUUAACGAGUUGGUUGAGUUACGCAGGUGUGAUUUUCAGUUUGAAGAUUCUUUUAUGAGAAUCUUUGUUCAUCGAAGUAAGACUGACGUUUACAGGGAUGGGGCUUGGGUUGUUAUCGCUAAAACUUUCAAGCAUACAUGUCCUUAUUUAUUAGUUCAACGAUAUUUUGUG